ACACAUCAUCUCGGAAUUGGAGCACCUGAUCUUCGUGAGCACGGAUGUGGGCCGCUGCCGGGCCUGGCUGCGGCUGGCCCUCAACGACGGCCUGAUGGAGUGCUACCUGAAGCUGCUGUUGCAGGAGCAGGCCCGCCUGUGCGAGUACUACCAGCCCACGGCCCUGCUCCGUGACGCCGAGGAGAGCGAGUUCCUCCUGAGCUUCCUGCAGGGCCUGACAUCCCUGUCCUUCGAGCUCUCCUACAAGUCUGCCAUCCUAAAUGAGUGGACCCUGACCCCGCUGGCCCUCUCUGGGCUCUGCCCGCUCUUGGAGCUCGAUGUCCUCACUACCUCUGGCACAGGACUACAGCGGAAGGGGUCUCUGGAUUCCAUCUCCCAUUCCUCAGGCUCGGAGGACAUCGAGGUGCAGCACUCGGGCCAUAAGAUCCGGCGGAACAGGCAGCUCACGGCCUCCUCCCUCAGCCUGGACACGGCCCGUUCAUCCCAGCUCUCCUGCAGCCUCAACUCUGACAGCUGCCUCCUCCAAGAGAAUGGCUCCAAGAGUCCAGACCGUUCCGAGGAGCCCAUGUCCUGCGACUCAGACCUGGGGACAGCAAAUGCCGAAGAUUCGGACCUGUCUCUGCAAGAGGUGUUGUCGGAAUUCAGCAAAGCCCAGGUGAACUCUGUGCCCACCGAGGGACUGAGCCCAGAAACGGAGGUUCCCGUGCUGCAGGCCUCACUCACCCUCCACGGCCUGGACACCAGCACACCCCCGCCCUUUGAGGUACCUGCGGAGCCCCACCCUGCCCAAGCAUCCCCUGGGACCCGAGAUGGGGCCCACACGGGGGAGCCUCUUUCCCAGGCGCCUGGCCCUGGGGGCUGGCUGAAGCUGGGCAUGGCCCAGGCUGUCCUUUCGGGGAGCACUUCAGGCCAGCAGCCUCCUAGUCCUGUGAGAGAGGCAACCAGAGCAGUUGGCCAAGGAAGUGGCCAGCGGAAGCCCCUGGAGGAUGACAAACCUCGGCUGAGCCUUGUGGUUCCCUCACCCACCAGUCCGAUAAACACAAACUGGAUCUCAGAAGAUGACUUCUACCAGCCUCCCCGGGAACAGCCCGUGGAGAGUCCUUCCGAUGCCUCUGUAGGUUCUCCCAGAGGGACUCCAGAGUCAAGGCCUGGUCUCCUCACGCAAGGACCAAGAAGAAGCUGUUCCUUGGAGGCCUUGGACAAAGCUUGCGUGCCUUCCCCAGGAAGCAGGAGAGGCGAGGCCACCCCGGUACCAGAGCAUAAUGACUUCAGGGUGGUGCAUCGCAGGCAGAUGGGGCUGUCCAACCCAUUCCGGGGGCUCCUGAAGCUGGGCACGGUGGAGCGGCAGGGGGCCAUGGGCAUCUGGAAAGAGCUCUUCUGCGAGCUCUCCCCGCUGGAGCUGCGCCUCUGCCUGAGCGGCGAGGAGGGCACCUGCGUGGAGAACUGCUCGCUGCUGCGCUGCAAAUCUGUGGGGCCGGCCCACAGCGACGGCCGCUUCGAGCUGGUCUUCUCGGGCAAGAAGCUGACCCUGCGUGCCUCGUGCCGGGAUGAAGCCGAGGACUGGCUGGACCGGGUGCGGGAGGCGCUGCAGAAGUGCCGGCCCCAGCAGGAAGAGGAGUGGGUGACCAUCCAGUACCCGGACCAACCCGAGGACCCCCCAGAGGCCCCCCAGGGUGGCCACCCCUCCCAUUCGGACCUGCUCUCAGAGCCUGAAACCCCCCGGGGCCUGCAGUUGGACUGGUCCUCUUCCCAAGUUCCCGAGCCCGAUGCUAUUAAAGAAUCCCUUCUGUACCUGUACACGGACCGCACCUGGAUGCCCUAUAUCUUCUCCCUGUCCUUGGAGUCUCUGAGGUGCUUCUGCAUGAGAAACAACGAGACGAUGUUAAGUGACAGCCAUGGAGUCGAGACCAUCUGAGACAUCCUGCCGGACACAAGCCUCAGGGGCCCAUCCUUCUUCAAAAUCAUCACAGCCAACGCCGUCCUGAAGCUGCAGGCCGGGAAUGCCGAGGAGGCUGCCCUGUGGAGGGACCUGGUGCACAGGGUCCUGGCGUCCUACCUGGAGACGGCCGAGGAGGCAGUGACGCUCGGCGGGAGUCUGGAUGAAAACUGUCAGGAGGUGCUGAGGUUCACUACGUGGGAGAAUGGCUACCUGCUGCAGUAUCUGGUGGCCAUCCCCACGGAGAAAGGCCUCGACUCCCAGGGCUGCUUCUGUGCAGGCUGCUCCCGGCAGAUCGGCUUCUCAUUUGUACGACCCAAGCUCUGUGCCUUCUCUGGCCUCUAUUACUGUGACAUCUGCCAUCAAGACGAUGCCUCAGUGAUCCCAGCCAGGGUCAUCCACAACUGGGACCUCUCCAAGCGCCCGGUCUGCAGGCAGGCCCUGACGUUCCUGACGCAGAUCCGGGCCCAGCCCCUCAUCAACCUGCAGCUGGUGAACGCGUCCCUGUGUGAGCACGUGGAGCGGAUGCACCUCAUCGGGAGGAGCCGGGAGCAGCGGAAGCUCCUGGGAGAUGACCUGGGGCUGUGCCGAAGCGGAGCCCUGAAGGAGCUGAGCAAGAGAAAUUUCCAAGGAAACUCUAUGUCUUACAUUGAUGAAAAUGUAUGGAAGGCAUACCGUUGGACUGAGACACUGGUCCCAUCUGAAUUUGAAUUUUUCUGAUUGCUUGUGAGUUUAAAUAUCUUUCUAUGAUUUACUGAACAUUUGUAUUUCAUCUCUGAAUUGUCUGUCCUUUGCCCUUUCUUCUGUUACUAUUUUCUUUGUCGAUUUGUAGAAAAAAAUCAGUUUAGAUACAUAAGUGAUUUUGGAAACACACAUUCAAAGUAAUUUUUCAUGACAGUUUGUGGUCCUAUCAUUAGUUCAGCUUGAAUAGACAAGUCAUACAUGACUUCUGAAUUAGUAAUAAAAGACAUAACAGUCAAUCUAAAAAUAGGGAUUAUGACAACCCUUAAGGAGUUGCCCCCUUAGUCUGAUAUCUUACUGGUAAGGAAAAAAAUGCUAGAAGCAGGCAAUUUUUUCAAUUUACAGAUUUCCUAAAUACUGUACGUAGUUUAUAUUUCCCAUGAUGGAAUCUAACUUGGAGGUUUUAUUUCCCAAACUUGUAAGAAAAAUGAAAGUCAUUUGGCACAAGAAGUAGAUAACUUAAUUUCCUCUGGGGAGAGGAGGAGGGGUGAUAGACUGAGGAACAGAGGUAAGAGCAAAAGUUUGGAUUGUGUGCUAUAUGUUUUUGGAAUUUUGAGCCAUGGGAAUAUAUAUUACAUAUUUUUUUAAAUAAAUUGAAAUUUAAAAUUAAUUUUUAAAAAGCAUGUGUUUGGGAGGUGAUACACUAUAACAUGAGUCUGGUAAGAUGUGAAGAUUUCUAAGUCAGUUUGAGGUUUAUACCUUGUAAGUAAAGGUUCCUAACUUGGGGUCAGUGGUUCCCCAGGGCAGAAUUUCUUAACCUUCCCUCCUGCUCCCCCGUGUCUAUUUCUUUGGCGAUCUGAAGAAGCUUAUGUUCUUGGGAUCCUGUUUUGAAAUGUAUAAUAAAUUAAAAUAUAUAGAAAAACAAAGCAAAUUAAUUAUAUUGCAAUAGUUUUCAGGAUAUUUUUAAAAUUAGUGAUGUAGUAAUAAAUAUGCUUCUCUUAACACAUUAAAUAACAAGAUAUAGUGGUAGGUCUAAUAAAUAUUAUGGCUCCAAGGUAGCGAUGAGAGUAAAUGAUGUUUCAAGAUAUCUGCAACAUAUGCAUGAUAUAAAAUAAUCUGUGAUUUCUUUUGGGGACCAAAUUAAAUAUACUGCUGAUCUAGUGUGGUUUGUUGCCUACAUUCAAAAUGGAAGGAAAUGCUGAUUUUAGAUAGAGAUUUGUGAAAACUGAGAUGUAAUUCUAUUUCUCAUCCACGUUUGGCCCUCUGGAUUCAGUCCACUCUGUUCACAGACUUCUGCCCUAAAAGGAUGAUCCAUGGAUGGAAAUUGCAUGCACUUUUUCCUGUACUUAUUCUCAUAAUUGAUGCUAAGUGGAUGACUUGUUUUAAAUAAAAGUAUCUGAUAGUUAAAUAAAAGUACCUGUCACUUUCUGAAUUCAUUCAAUAAUUUUUGGAGUAUCUAGUACAUGCCAGCAACUGUUUUACAUGCUAACGAUACAGGCCCAAGAAUAAAUCAGCCCAAGUAUCCCAGUUCUCAGGGGGUUUACAAACAUAUGAACAUAAGUACAUAAGUAUAAUAAAU